UUUCUUUUCCCUUCUGGAGUCCAUCGAAGUGAGACCCUAGUGAUGUCAUUGAUGGGUUUCCUUAAGACAUGCCCAAUCCAUCUCCAGCGGUAUUUCAUAAGUAUGGUGCGCAUGUCUGAGGAUUUUGUUCUUGCAUGUAAAUUCUCAUUUGUGAUUUUUUCAGGCCAAAAUAUCUUACAGAUCUUUCGGAGACAUCCAUUGUGGAAGCUUGAUAGUUUGUUAAUGUCUUUCUCCGUCAUCCUCCAACAUUCCGCUCCGUACAACAGAACUGACAGGACACAGCUGUUGUAUAACCUCAUCUUGGUGUUCUUGCUUAUGCUGUUUGACUUCCAGAUGUUCCUAAGAUUGAUAAAGGCACCUCUUGCUUUUCCUAAUCUUGCCUUGAUGUCUUCUUCCGCACCACCAUCUGUUGUAACAAUGCUACCCAGAAGAACCUUCCAAAAUGCCCAGACUCGCGGUCUCUUUCGUGUUUUUUCUGGGACUAUGUCAACUUUGCGUCAGAGGAAGUCACGGCAGGACUGUCUUUGCCUUCAGAGAUUUUGGUUCCAGCAGAGAUAGGAGGUUAUGGAUACUUCCACCACCACCACAAGAUGACAAUAUUGUACAAGGGGACAUUUUACUGGUGCCAUUGGUUCCUUUUCAAGAACAUACGAAUUCUCGACAAAAUUCCCGGCCACGACGGAGAGCAGUUUCAGACUUUCAGAACCCUUUUCAUUUUCUCCAGGAGUUUGUACGACCAACGACAGGGCGAUUUGAACAAUUGUAAUAAUCAUUCGAUAUGAAAUCCAUCUUACUGCUUUGACCGAAACAGUCAAUUGAACCACAGGAUUUCACAUCAAAAUUGUUCUUGUUUAUUGUUCACAUGGGAGGGAAAUUAAAUUAAUG